UUUUCUUUUAAUUGUUGCUUUUGAUUUCAAUCUGAAUUCCUCCUCUCUUUUGGUUUCAGCUCUCUUCCUUUAAUCUAAUUUCGUAAUUCAAACUCUUCGUUUCUUGCACUUCCUAUUUUUGUUUUUCCCCUUCGUUUCCUCAUUUUUGCUUGUUUGGAAUCCGAUAUUUUUUUGGGUAUGAUUUGGUUCAGAUUCAGUGUUUUGAGGGGUUUUUGCAAAAUUAGGGCUUUGGGGUUUUGGUACCUUUAGGGUUCAACCUCUAAAGGUUUGAUUUUGAAGGGAAAUUUUGUGUAUUUUGGUGCUUUUGAUUAUUGGGUAUGUGCUAAGAUUGCUUGGGGUUUUCUUUUUUCCCUGAAUGCUUUAGGUUUGGUAGGUGUUUGAUAUUUUUCCCUAGUGAAUUAGAUUAAUGAUGUCUAUGAACAACAAUAAUCCCUCCAAGAGACUUGGGGCGUCUUCGUCGCCUUUUGCUAAUGCGGGGAUGGUAGCUCCAUCGAUGUCUGGAAACCCUGCAUUCUCGCAGGCACAGGCACAGGCACAGGCACAGGCACAGGCACAGGCUCAACUAAGUGCUGGUUUUCAAGCUCAGUUUCAGUUAUCACAAGCUCAGGCCCUGGCUCUGGCUCAGUCGAAAGCUCUGGCCCAUGCUCGAGCUCAAGGGCAGUCUGUUAAUGCCCAAUUCCAAGCACAACUUCAAGCUCAAAGUUUGGCCCUUAGCCAAGCUCAAAAUGCUGGCCUUGGUAAUUUAGGUUCCUCUUCUCCAUCCAUGUCUACUCCUGGCAAUGCAAGUGCAAAGAGGAUCUUUCAAAGGCCCCCCAUGUAUCCUCCUGCUGUUCCUAUGACAAACACGAUGCCCCCUUUGAGAACAAUGGAACUUACACAGGCCGCUAGAAGAAAGAAGCAGAAGGUUCCUGACAAACAGCUACAAGAACGAGUGGCUACUAUUCUUCCCGAAUCUGCUUUGUAUACCCAGCUUCUUGAGUUUGAGGCACGAGUUGAUGCUGCGGUAGCUCGGAAAAAAGUUGACAUCCAAGAGGCACUAAAAAGCCCACCUAGUGUUCAGAAAACUCUUCGAAUAUAUGUUUUCAACACAUUUGCCAAUCAGAUUCAGACAAUUCCAAAAAAGCCUAAUGCAGAUCCCCCGGUGUGGACCCUUAAGAUUAUUGGGAAGAUCUUGGAAGAUGGGAUAGAUCCAGAUCAGCCUGGGUUUGUUCAUAAAACGAACCCCUUGUACCCUAAGUUUUCAUCCUUCUUCAAAAGAGUGACUAUCUCUUUGGAUCAGAGACUAUAUCCGGAUAAUCAUAUCAUUAUAUGGGAGCAUGCUCGAUCUCCUGCACCACAAGAAGGUUUUGAGGUGAAGCGAAAAGGGGAAAAAGAAUUCACUGUGAAUAUACGGUUAGAAAUGAAUUAUGUUCCCGAGAAGUUCAAGCUUUCUUCAGCUUUAAUGGAAGUCCUUGGUAUUGAGGUUGAUACACGGCCUAGAAUUUUAGCUGCAAUCUGGCAUUAUGUGAAGGCUAGAAAACUUCAAAACCCAAACGAUCCCUCUUGUUUUAAUUGUGAUGCACAGCUUCAGAAAGUUUUUGGGGAAGACAGGGUGAAAUUUACCAUGGUUCCACAGAAGAUAUUACAGCAUUUGUCUCCACCACCACCCAUACAUUUGGAGCAUAAAAUCAAGCUUUCCGGUAAUAGUCCUGCUGGAAAUGCAUGCUAUGAUGUGUUAGUCGACAUACCCUUUCCUAUACAAAGGGAAUUGUCUGCUCUGUUGACAAAUGGAGAAAAGACCAAAGAGAUUGAUGCUUGUGAUGAAUCAAUAUGUGCUACCAUAAGGAAAAUUCGUGACCACUGUAGAAGGCGUGCAUUUUUUCUAGGAUUCAGUCAAUCUCCAGUAGAAUUUAUAAAUGCUUUAGUUCAGUCUCAGACCCGGGAUCUGAAAUUGGUAACCGGAGAACCUAGUCGAAGUGCUGAAAAAGAGCGCCAAUCAGAUUUCUUUAACCAACAAUGGGUCGAAGAUGCUGUUAUCCGUUAUCUGAAUCGCAAGCCGCCUCCCGGAAGUGAUGCUCCAGGAAGCACAUGAAUCAUGGAAGCCACCUGCUGGAAUUGAUUCUCCAGGGAGAACAAGAGUCGAGGCUCCGAAGGGAUCGAUGACUUGCUAGGUUUUUCAUCGAUUCAAAUCAUGUAUCAACUGAAACUGUCUGUAUACCAGUCCUUUAGAAUCGCACUGUAGUUGAAUGGGUGAAGUGGCUUGUUUAGGCAUAAUUAUCAUCAAACCCUUUUAAAUUAGACAUUGGAAAUUAGCAUGAUAGUUUUGAUCUUGUUCGAUUUGUAAUAUAUAUAUGGCACACUCCUGGACUAUGAUGCUUGGACAAGGGUGUGAGUAUCAGAUAUGGGUACAUGUUUAACAUG